AUGCAGGUGUUACGGCAUGAGGCCUCAUUUGGCACAGUCGAUGCCAAACCUGCCAACAUGAUCGCAGCAGCGGAAUCAAUCCUCAGCCAGACGGGAGCGACAGACGAAACGAAGAACCUCAUUCGACAACAAGUGUCGUCCCUCCUCAUGGCUCAUAGGCCGCGCGACGGGUUUUCCAAGGUCGAGUGCGAUGCCCUUAAGGAAAUCAGGGCCGACAACGACCUCGCUGUCGUGCCUGCGGACAAGGGGCGUUCCGCGGUCGUAUUGGACAGGACAGACUACAUUCAGAAAGCCAAAAGUUUGUUGGAUGGUAGUCAGUCCUAUGUCCCAUGCGAAUCCAACACCAUAAAAACGCUGGCACGUGAGAUAAACACGACACCGUUGGCAAUGGAGAACUUGGGUCCAAUAUCGCCAAUCGACAGACGCAUGGCGUGAGUGAAAGAAACGGCCCUGGCCCGAUUCAAUGGUCUCCCAAAAGUGCACAAAGAGGGCGCUCCUCUCCUGCCUAUCGUAUCACUAAAGGGCACUCCAACUUGCGCAUUGGCAAAGUGGUUGUUUCGAAGUCUCAAGUUCCUGACCUCCGAUUCGAACACCACAGUCAGCUCGUCAAUGGAAUUCUUGGAGAAACUUAAGGGAGUAAGUCUCCUGUCAAGUGACGUCAUGGUUCCCCUUGAUGUCACGUCCCUUUUUACUUCUAUCCCACAGGAACUGGCAGUUGAGACCAUCUAACUACUCCUAUGAGAGAAAUAUGACAAAAAGGAUUGAAGAACAAAUUCCGAAAGCUGCCCAAUCCAAAGUCGCCCAGAAACGACAAACUGGUGCACAACCUGCCGUGAAAGGAGCUGGCGAAGGAUCAGAUGCAGGUUUUAAGGCACGAAGCUUCAUUCAACACGGCUGACGCCAAACCUGCUAACGUGAUUGCAGCAGUGGAAUCAAUCCUUAGUCAGACGGAGGCAACGGAGGAGACUAAGAGCCUCCUCCGGCACCAAGUUCUUCUCGCCUGAUGGCCCACAGGCCGCGGGAAGUGCUUUACAAGGUCGAACGUGAUGCGCUUAGAGAACUCAAGGCCGACAAAGACUUGAUCGUCGUGCCAGCGGACAAGGGGCGCUCCACGGUUGUGCUGGACAGGGCAGACUACCUUCAAAAAGCCAAAGGUUUACUGGAGGACCGACAGUUCUAUGUCCCAUGUGCAACGAACCCUGUAAAAAGCGCUGACACGCGAAAUUAAUGCUACGUUGUUGGCCUUGGAGAACUCAGGUGCAAUAACACCGGCCGACAGACGCACGGCGAGACCCCAAGAUACGGCUUUGGCCCGAUUCUAUGGCCUCCCUAAGGUGCACAAAGACGGCGCUCCUCUCCGACCCAUCGUGUCGCUCAAAGGUACUCCAACGUACGGACUGGCUAAGUUCCUGACCGCUGAGUCAGACACCACGGUCUCCUUGUCAGCAGACUUCCUGGAGAAACUCAAAGGGGUAAGCCUCCAUCCAAAUGAGGUCAUGGUAUCUUUUGAUAUAACAUCCCUUUUUACUUCUAUUCCCCAGGACCUGGCGAUCGAGACAAUUGAACUGCUUCUACAAAGCAAAUACGAUGAAACGGAGAAUCGUCUUUGACGCGCCCAAUUCCUUCAGCUCCUGAAGUUCUGUCUCAGGACGUACUUCACGUUCGACGGGACAACCUACGAACAGGUGAAGGGCACACCAAUGGGUUCGCCGAUUUCGGGGUUCAUCGUCCAGGCGGUCCUGCAACGGUUACAAUCGCUAGUCUUCCAACACCACAAACCGAACUUCUGGGCCCGAUAUGUGGAUGAUACCUUCGUCCUUAUCGACCGGGAUCAACUGCUGACAUUCAAGGAACGUCUGAAUGCGGUCUUCCCGGACAUACAAUUUACGAUGGAGGAGGAAGAGACCAACCAGCUGGCCUUCCUGGAUGUCCUCGUAUGCCGCAAGGAUUGUGGUGGACUAAAGACCAAUGUGUUCAGGAAAGCGACAAAUACGAUGCAAGUACUGAACUUCAACAACCACCCAAUCAGCCACAAACGCAGUUGCGCAAGGACGCUCUAUCGGCGUGUCGAAACGCACUGCAGUGAGCCGGAAGACAAGAUUGCCCAACUACAAUACCUCCGACGGGUCUUCAAAGCCAGUGGCUACCCGCGCAACUUCGUCAACCGGUGCAUACGCAAAAGGGACGAAAGGCCUAACCGCACGGACACCAAAGUUUGGUGA